GUCGAUUUUGGAGGGGUGGUGCAUGACAUCGUCCCAAUUGUUACUGGCAGUAGCUUGAAGGCGAUACCCUUGAAGGUAGGUACCUUACCUUACCUUAGCUUAGCUUUGCUGGCCGGUCCUAGGUACACAGUGCCGGGGCAGAGGUGGAACCCAGGAGAAACAUGUUUCAAUCGCCGACUCAUUUGACAAAGAGGCUUUCGCGCCUGCGUCAACCAUGAGAAAAUCAUUGGAUUGUCGAUUGAAAAAGCAACAGGGAACCCUUGGGCAUUGAAGCUGCCUAGGUACACGUUG